AAUAUAAAUUUGAAUAAUCAAUUAUCCCAAAUCUCUAUACGAAAUCAGAAACUGGAAAAAAAGCUUACAAAAUUAGAUGAGCCUCUAAAAAAGCAGAAUAUAAAAAACAAAUCAUUACCAGUACAAACGCAAUGCAACACAUCUCAAUGUGAAGUCAACACUGUCAUAUCGGGAGUCUUGAUGUUGCUAGAGGCAUCUACGUCUACAGAGUUACCGAAGAUGUGCGAACGAGCAGUUCAGAUAGUCGAACAGGAACAUUUGCCAAUCGAAGACACCGACAAAAGAAGUCAGUUGGAUACCAUUACCAGAACGGAGUUCGAUGAUAUUAUAAGCAAUAUGAAAAUAUUGCGCAAUACGAUUAAAACGAAGGAAGACAUAUGGAACCAAGCUUUUGAGAGAGAACAGAACUAUAGGGAACAUUUGGCACGACUCUCCGUUGAAUUAAUCACCGCUCGUCAAGUAUCCGACUCGCGUUAUAAUGAAUUACAGACUGUCUCACAAAAAUUAAUGGAAGCAAAGGAAAAUCUAAGAGAAACCGGUAAAGAUUUACUGCAAGCAAAGAAACAUAUUCAAAAAUUACUGAAAUAUCAAAGAAAUUCAGAGUGUCACAACAAUGACGAGUCAACAACCACAAUAGCAACUGAUAAUAUUGAAUCUCGGGAGAAGCAACUUCGCCGACCUGAUAGCCAAGAACAAAGUUCAGUGACCAAGCAAAAAGUGAAAUAGACAUCGGCAAUAUGUAAGAAAGAAAGACAUAAGAGGAAUUGAGGGACAUCUAUUCCGUGAUCACAAUAAUUUCCCGCUCAAGCUCGAAUACUUCAAAUCUAACCCCAAAAUAAAAUGUCAAUAAUGAUUCAUAAAUUUAAAAUAGAA